AAAACGCGAAGGAGAGAGCUGAAUGCAACUUGGGAGCAGAAGCAAACCACCUUGGAGGACCAAAAAAAAACCUGUUUGAGAAAAAGGGAGGACCGAAAACAGUGAAUCUGACACAUCGGGGAGAAAAUAACAAGCAGUUUUGUCGGGACAAGAGGAAGGCAGAGUGUAGAGACUGUGAGAGACUCUCCUGCUGAUUCUUAGAGCCACUUAGGUGUCGACUGGAGGAGAAUCGAAGAGAUGAGCAGAGCAGAGGAGGAGUGAAGCUUUUUACUGUUAGUGAGGGAGAGCUCUGUCACUCUUUGGGUGUCGCUUAAGAGGAGGAGGAGGAGGAGGCAGGGGCGAAUGUUCCUGGUCUCAUGAGAGGAGAGAGAGAGAGACACAAACACGGAGAGAGAGAGACUGAGAGAAGAGGAGGGGACAAGCUGACAGCAAUACAGGAAGAGCAGGGCUGGCAGACGAUGUGCUGCUAACUGAAGUACUAAUGCUCCAGACCAUUUACGAGGCCGACUCCUGUUUCUCUGCAGACGGCAUCGGGAAACACCGGCUGCCUCUGACCCUUCACGACGCUGACAUGCACAACGUCAACAACUCAGUGGACAUUAAGCCAGAGGUUCCACUGGCUCUUGAUCCAGGCUCCCCGUUGGAUCUGCGUACAGACGUGAGGAUGCAGGGUUCUGGUUCAGAUCCCACUGUGUGGGAAAGACAACUUCAACAAGAGCUGCUCCUCAUUCAGAAACAGCAGCAGAUUCAAAAACAGUUACUCAUCAGCGAGUUCCAGAAACAGCAUGAGAACCUGGUUCGCCAGCAUCAGGCCCAGAUACAGGAGCAUUUGAAGUUGCAGCAGGAGCUUCUUGCUAUGAAGCAACAACAGGAGCAGCUGGAGAAAGAGAGGAAACUAGAGCUCCAGAGUCAGGAGAGAGAAUUGGAGAGACAUCGGCGUGAACAACAAGUCCUGGUCCUCCGCAACAGAGACAAGAGCAGAGAGAGUGCGGUGGCCAGCACUGAGGUCAAGCAGAAACUCCAAGAGUUUCUGUUGAGUAAAUCCACCAAAGACGGUACACCUAAUGGGGUCCCCCAGAAAAUCGCACAGAGCUCCAAACUGUGGUACACGGCCUCCCAUCACACCUCUCUGGAGCAAAGUUCACCUCCUUUGGGAGGAGCGUCCUCCUCCUGCAAGAUCUCCCUGCCCUCCCCGCAAGACUCCCGGGACGACUUUCCUCUGAGGAAGACAGUCUCAGAGCCCAAUCUGAAGGUGCGGUCCAGGUUAAAGCAGAAGGUUGCAGAGAGGAGGAGCAGCCCACUGCUUAGGAGGAAGGAGGGGAGCAUCAUGACACCCUUCAAAAAGAGAGCCUUGGAGCUUCUGGAAUCCACAGCCAGCAGCAGUGCACCGGGAUCAGGGCCCAGUUCACCCAACGGGGCCUGCAGUGCCUUGGGGGCUGAAAACGGACCCUCCUCUCUCCCAGUCACCACACGUACUGAGCGGUGGCCAUCACAGCCGAGGUUAUUAGGGCCUGAAAGCUCGGUGUCUGUGUUAAAUCUCUAUACGUCUCCAUCGCUGCCCAAUAUCUCCCUGGGUCUCUCGGCUGCCUCUUCUCCCAUAAGCGCUGCUUUAGGAUUUCAAGAGAAGCAUGUUGAGGGUGGUGGUGUAUCAGCGGUCAUUCAGGGUUUGCCCACCCAACUUCUGGGUCCAGUCCCCUUGUCUGUUGCGAUGGAGACCAAAGUGAGCAGCAGCCACCAAGCUCUCUUGCAGCACCUCCUCCAGAAAGAGCAACUCCGCCACCAAAAGAUCCUCUCUACUGGUCAAAGUCCUGUGCAUCCUCCUUCUCCGUUGGCCAUGAUGGAAAGCUCUCCGAGCAGCACCCGACCCAAACUGCCCCGUCACCGGCCCUUAAAUCGAACCCAAUCGGCUCCGCUGCCCCAGAGCACACUAGCUCAACUUGUGAUUCAGCAGCAACACCAGAACUUCCUGGAGAAACAGAAACAGUACCAGCAACAGGUCCACAUCAACAAGAUGCUUUCGAAAUCAAUCGAGCAGCUUCGUCAGCCAAACGUCCACCUGCAGGAGUCGGAGGAGGAAGAGGGAGAGGAUUUUCAUGACCAGGCCAUGCAGGAGGACAGCUCGCCCUCUGCUGGCGUCAUCAGGAAGCACAGCCCCGACAGCAUCCGCAGCAACACCUCCGUUUCACCCGUAGGGCCACUGGACACUCAUCCCGGAGUCAUCCGGGUGAAAGAGGAGCCCAUUGCCAGUGAUGAUGAGACAAUGGUCACUCAGAGCCUGGCCGACAAGCAGAGCUCCUACAUUCACCAGGUUAAAGGGAGGGUGGUGAUCCAGGCCAUGAUAUGAAACGACAGAUACAUCUUCACACUCGCACACGAAGGCACAGGCUAACAUACUGUACACGCCACAUGCUUACAUGACACAGAGCUUCAGAACUGGUCUCAUUCGUGAACUUGUGAAGUGGUCUCUGUAUUGUACGUUGUAUGUUUUGUAUAUAAUUGAAUAAGAUGAGAAUUUAGCCAACUUGGUCUUUUAAAUGCUACGAAGCAGUUUUUGAUUGUUUGUUGAAAUGAUAAUUUAAGAAAUCCUUUCUACUUUCUACCCACCCUUUGAGAAACAGCACCUCUUGUAGGAUAUUUCUGUGAUUUCCAAUGGCACUAUGGAUUUCUUAUAGACCUUUCUUUGCUUUUUAUGAAUGUUAUUAUAAAGAUAUGUUACAGUUUGUAUAAUGAAAAAAAAACUUUGUUUGCUGAGAGACUCCUAAAUUGUCUGGAAACCAUGAAAAUCCAUACAAAAACAGAAUAAAGGGAAUAUUUUAGGUUUUAACACAAGUUAAACCCAGUUAACAGCACUUGUAGGAUAAUGUUGAUUACCACAAAAUUUUAAAAAGAAAAUAAUAUAUAAUAUAAUAUACACAAUCUCUCAAAAGUUUUUGAACAGUAAGAUUUUUUUCAUGUUUUUUAAAGACUCCUCUGCUCACCAAGCCUGAAUUUAUUUGAUCCAAAAUACAGCAAAAGUAAUACUGUGAAAUAUUUUUACUAUUUAAAAGAACUGCUUUCUAUUCUAAUUUAUUCCAGUGAUCAAAUCUACAUUUUCAGCAUUUACUCCAGUCUUCAUUAAUUAUAGAAAUUGAUACUUUUAUUUCUCAAGGAUACUUUAAAUUGAUCAAAAGUGAUGAUAAAGAUAUUUAUAAUGUUACAAAGAUUUCUAUUUCAGAUAAAUGCUGUUCUUCUGAACUUUCUAUUUAUUGAAGAAACCUGAAAAAAUUCUACUCAUCUGUUUUCAGUAACGACUGGAGUAACGAUACUAAAAAUGUAGUUUUGAAAUCACAGUAAUAAAUUACAUUUUAAAAUCUAUUUAAAUAGAAAACAGUUAUUUUAAAUAGUAAAAAUAUUUUAAAAUUUUACUGUUUUUUGCUGCACUUUGGAUUAAAUAAAUGCAGGCUUGGUGAGCAGAAGAGACUUCUUUAAAAACAUUAAAAUCUUACUGUUCAAAAACUUUUGACUCAUAGUGUAAUAUAGUAUAAUAACUUUACAAAAAUUGUAGUUAGAUGUUCUAUUGAAACAUUCUAAUCAUAGGCAUUCUGUUUUAUGUAAAAUGACAGCAAAAACCAUACUAAAAUCAUGUUAGCAUGCAUAUUGCUUACAUACUAUUGAAUUGGUGAGUAUUGUAAUGGAUUGGCGUCAUUCAUUUUUCCAAUUGCUGUAGUAAUCAAUGUUAUGCUGUGUGCUGUCGAUUGAGCUCAAUUUGUAUUGAAACCCAGAACAUUCCUUUAACGGUUGGAACAAGAUCGGGAAAGCUCUAGAAUGACAUUCUGUGUUCCCUGUUCUCCUGUGGCCCAAAUCGAAGGCUGCCCUGGAUCGUGAGCAGCGCUCUGCUCCUUGCUGAAUUUUGAGAGGGAGAGAGUUGUAGAGGAAAUGCCUGGUGGAAGCCAGGAAUCAGAAUGAUUCAUGAGCGCAGGAAUGCUGGGAGAGGACAACUCCACGCUGAAGUCAGAGGGCCCAGCAGUGAGCUCUGAUUUACUGUUGAGGCAAAUUACAAAGUGAGUGAGGAGACGGCGGGGGGGAGCCCCUUUUUAAAACCAAUCAUUUCCUCUGUAUUCCCACGUGAUGUGUUUACCACGACAUGCAGGCUUGAUGUUACUUCGGUAGAAAAAAAAAAGGUAAUCGUUCUGUUCUCUCCUGAGGCGGUGUUGCCAUUUGUUGGCCGUCUUCUUCAUGAAGUGCUCGGAUCAACUCGCGUGAUAGUUUCGAGAAACAUACGACCGUCAUUUUUUUGUUAGUGAGCCAUCUUUUCUGUAUUUUUCUUUUUUAUUUCAAACAUUUGGUGUAAAACUGUUCGUUUUUGUGACUCUGAAAAACAACUUGAAGAGGAAAACAUGUUUAAUUGAUGUGAGCCAUCACUCUGUCCGCAAAUAGUCUGUGAGUCAACCUGAGCUGGCCUGUUUCGUUCCUGUUGUCUGUUCCACUGUUCUGGAUGUUAAUAAGAACUGUCCGCUAGCGAUAGAAUGUCACAUUUAGUUUGUAACCGUACGCGUUCCCUUCUAUCGCAGAUCACCUUUUUUAAAUAAAGCUCUUUUCCAUCCUGUA